AUGGAUAGAAGGCGUGUACCACCGCGACCUCAGGAAGCAUCAGAGGUAGAAUGCUGGUCGCAAGCAUCUAAGUCAUUGGUAUCGUUCUCCAAUAUUUAUGCCAACCCUAGCAGCCUCGAAACUAUCGGGCGCGUCAACAGACUAAUCUCCGCGUGGCCCACUGAUGACGUCCUUCCGGCUGAAGGGUAUGAUCACUUGAAAACCAAUUACAAACGGCUGUCUUCAGCCUUGAAAGAUGUUCAACACAUUAAUGAAGAGGAAAUCAAGGCUAUCGAUAAUGUUAUCGAAAAACUCGACGUUUUAAUAGCCCUUCGAAAAGCACCAGAGUUACCCUCACAAGAGAAGCGAAACAAGCGCCCAAGGCCCCCAUCACCUAGUACUGCCACAGCCACGUCAGUUACGCCACCCCUUAUGUCUGCCACGCGGCCUAUGUCAACACAAGUAACGUCUUCGCGGAGCUCGACAGGCCCUUCUCCUGCUAUCCCAUUUUCGAGAGAGCCAAAGGCUCGCAGGGAAGCUCUUGCGAAGCAGCUGCCGUUACAAGAAGGGCGAAAGGUUGCGUUCCAUCCACCUGCGGGAAAGGCAGCUGACGGUAGCACGGCUGACGCUGAUGAAACAUGGAUCUUGGCUGUUAUCACAAAAUGUAUAAAUCAGGAUAAGAAUCGGUAUGAAGUGCAGGACGUUGAACCUCAAGAAGACGGACAGCCCGGACAAUGCUAUAACACAACCCUUCGAGCCAUUAUACCACUACCGGAUCCGAACGCCUCUCCAACAAGUGCCGCGCAUCUGAAUGCGUAUCAAGAAUUCCCUGCUGGUUCGACUGUCAUGGCGCUCUAUCCAGACACGAGCUGCUUUUACAGAGCUGAGGUCAUAUCCCCCCCGAGAGACGUACCAGGACGCGGUGUGACCACGAAGACCAUUGCAUCGUACUACCAGCUCAAGUUUGAAGAUGAUGACGACCAAGAACAUUCUGUUGCUGCACAGUGGGUUGUUGAGUGGCCCAAAUCAUGA